AUGCAGGAGAACUAUGAGAAUGUGACAUUGCUGGGGUUUCCAGUUUCCAAACCCGAUGUGGUCUCCCAGCUGGAACAAGGGGAGGAGCCAUGGGUCCUGGAUCUCCAGGGCUCUGUGGAAAGAGGGAUCCUGAGAGGUGUCUGCAUAGGUACUGGGAUGGUGAAUGAGAAUGAGGAGCAGAAUCCUCAGCAGGUAGAUGGUGAGCAAGUGGAACCACAUGGGGGAUUAUCACAAAGAUCCAAAGGGAAUGUGUCCAGGCAUCGUGUGCAGGGAAAAGCCUGUGAGAGGGAGUACAGGCCAGAGAGAGAGCAGAGAAACCAGCCCAGAGAGGAAGAGGGUAAAUCCAUUUAUUGUCAAGGAACUCACAAGGACCUCAAGCAAAUCACAGCCCAGCAGAUAAAACCUACAGGAGAGAGAAAAAACACAUGCACUGAGUGUGGGAAAACCUUCACUCUGAACUCCACCCUCAUUAGACAUCAGAUGAUCCACAUGGGAAAGAACCACUACAAAUGCUGUGAGUGUGGGAAACAGUUCAGUGAGAAAUCAGACCUUAUUAAACAUCAGACAAGUCAUACAAGAGAAAGAUCCUAUCAGUGUUAUGAGUGCAGGAAAAGCUUCACUCAGUGCUCAUCCCUUAUUAGACAUCAGAGGAUCCAUAUGGGAGAGAGACCAUACGAAUGCUGUGAGUGCGGGAAAAGCUUCACUGUCAAAUCGGAUCUUAAUAAACAUCAGAGGAUCCACACAGGAGAGCGCCAGUAUGAAUGCUGUGAGUGCGGGAAACAAUUCAGUAAGAUUUCAAAACUUAUUAAACAUCAGACAAGCCAUACAAGAGUGACACCCUAUGAAUGCUGUGAGUGCAGGAAAAGCUUCACUAAGCGCUCAACCCUUAUUAGACAUCAGAGGAUCCAUAUGGGGGAGAGACCAUACGAAUGCUGUGAGUGUGGAAAAAGCUUCACUGCUAGAUCAGAUCUUAAUAAGCAUCAGAGGAUCCACACAGGAGAGCGCCCCUAUGAAUGCUGUGAGUGCGGGAAAAAGUUCACUUGGAGCUCAGCGCUUAUUAAUCAUCAGAGAAUCCAUACAGGAGAGCGACCUUAUAAAUGCUGUGAGUGCGGGAAAACGUUCCUUCAGAGCUCAGGCCUUAUUAAUCAUCAGAGGAUCCACACAGGAGAGCACCUGUAUGAAUGCUGUGAGUGCGGGAAACACUUCACUCGGAGCUCAUCCCUUAUUAGGCAUCAGAGGAUCCACACAGGAGAGAGACCAUAUGAAUGCUGUGAGUGUGGGAAACGCUUCACUGUCAAAUCAGACCUUAGUAAACAUCAAAGGAUCCACACGGGAGAGCGCCCCUAUGAAUGCUGUGAGUGCGGGAAACGGUUCACUUGGAGCUCAGUGCUUAUUAAUCAUCAGAAAAUCCACACAGGAGAGCGACCCUAUGAAUGCUGUGAGUGCGGGAAAAGUUUCAUCCGAAGCUCACACCUUAAUAGACAUCAGAGUCUUCACAAGGGAGAUACACAGCAUAAAAACUUUGUGUAG